CGAAAAAACAAACCAUAAACCUUUCCUUUUUAUGUAUUCACUUUCGUUUCACCAAACUCCAUAACAUUACAUAGAUUUUUCUUUCUUUCUCUUUUUAUUUUUGUUCGUGCUGUGUUCGGAUUGCAAGAAAUGAAUGGAGAAGGAAAGGAAGUGAUGAAAAUGGAGGAAAUGGUAAAGGAGAAGUUGGUGUUUAUGUGGGGAUAUCUACCUGGAGCUUUGCCGCAAAGGUCGCCGAUAUUAUCGCCGGUUGUUGUAAGGGCUGAUGGAUAUUCGUGGAAAGAUGUUUGUGGCGGCGGUUGUGGAUUUGCCAUGGCUAUUUCUGAGUCCGGAAAGCUUAUUACAUGGGGUUCAACAGACGAUCUAGGUCAAAGCUAUGUCACAUCCGGGAAGCAUGGGGAAAUUCCUGAACCUUUCCCUCUUCCAACUGAAGCUUCCAUCAUGAAAGCUGCGGCUGGUUGGGCCCAUUGCAUAGCAGCUACAGACACUGGUGAAGUUUAUACUUGGGGUUGGAAAGAGUGUAUUCCUUCAGGAAAGGUCUUUGGCGAUCCAUCGGUGGCGGGGGGCACAGAAAAGGAUGUGUUUGAAAGACAUAGUCCAUUUUUAACUGAGCAAGUGAGCCCUCGUUCUCAAAGCUCAAGAUCUACUGGUGGAAUUGAUGGCAGAGGAAGUGGGGAUGAGAGUACAAAACGCAGGAGAAUAUCAUCUGCAAAACAAUCAGCUGAAAGCUCAUCUUCCGGCGAUGAGACACUAUCAGCAUUGCCAUGUCUAGUAACAUUGAAUCCAGGAGUGAGGAUUACUACUGUUGCUGCUGGUGGUCGCCACACUUUAGCAUUGUCAGAUAUAGGACAGGUGUGGGGUUGGGGCUAUGGAGGUGAAGGGCAACUUGGUUUGGGCUCCCGGAUACGCAUGGUAUCCUCUCCCCAUCCUGUACCUUGCGUCGACCCUUCUUAUGGAAAAGAUAGACCUGCACCAUUUUCUCGAGGAGGCAUGACUUCAGAAGGACAUGGUUUUAGAGUUCCUGGAAGUUAUGUGAAGGGGAUCGCCUGUGGAGGGCGACAUAGUGCAGUAAUCACGGAUGCUGGAGCGCUCCUUACUUUUGGUUGGGGACUCUACGGACAGUGUGGACAAGGGAGUACAGAUGAUGAGCUGAGCCCGAUUUGUGUAUCUCCAUUGCUGGGCAUACGGAUAGCUGGUGUUGCUGCAGGCUUGUGGCACACUAUUUGUGUUUCCGCCGAUGGUGAUGUUUAUGCUUUUGGUGGAAAUCAGUUUGGACAAUUGGGAACUGGUAGUGAUCAGGCAGAGACUACCCCUAGGCUCUUGGAUGCUCCAAGUCUGGAAGAUAUACAUGCAAAAGUUGUCUCGUGCGGGGCUCGUCACAGUGCUAUAGUUGCAGAGGACGGGAAAGUGUUUUGCUGGGGCUGGAACAAGUAUGGCCAGCUUGGGUUGGGGGACGUGAUUGACCGCAACAUUCCUUCUCCGGUUACUAUAGAGGGUUGCAUCCCUAGGAAUGUAGCAUGUGGCUGGUGGCAUACCCUACUUUUGGCUGAAUCACCUCCUUGAGUAGCUGACACAUACAAGCCCUGGCACAGUUUUGUUAGGUUAGAUGUUCUUCCAAUUGCUAUAUUAUAUAUGUAUAUGUAAAUACAGUAGCUGCAAUACAUAUGCAUAUGCUUGUAUUCUUCUAUGGUUUAGGUUCAUUACUUCUUUUUACAGUAUUCUGAGAACAACAUAUUGUUAUCUAGAUGUACAACGUUAUGUAGGUUCAUUGUGUAUAUUCUUCUAACAGAAUUUAAACAUCAAUGUAAUGAGAUGCUAUGAAAAGCUAACUGUUAUUGUA